UGACAAUCUAAGGGGAAAAGGUCAGUGCCCCUGACUGGCCAGGCAUUGCAUGUUUAGGGAAUUCUUGCGGCACCCCGGCUGAAAAUUGCUCCCUCAUCUUGCCAAUAACGCGGGUGGCUUCCUGGGGGUCUGCGCGCCAGGGCCCGCCCCCGGACUCAGCCUCCUCCCGCAGGCCAGGCCGCAGAACGCUCAGGAGUCCUGGGCGUUUGCGCUUGUGGAGAAGAGGCGGUUUGCGCUCCCACAUUUUCUCACGGUGAGCUCUGUUGUGUGAUGCGAGAGGACGCAGUCUACGUCACUAAGCAAGCAGGCAAGCUGUCAGUUACAGCUGUGAGAUGCACCCCAACGUCAGAGAUGUUAAAAUGUGGAAAAAAGAGAGAAGGUGCGCCCGGCACCAGCCACACACAGGAAUAGCACUUUCGGUGGAAAAUAAAAAACCAGGCGCUUCCCGCUGCUCCGUGCCCGCUGACCAGGAGGCAAUAAAAGCCACCGGUAUUCCCUGCCCACGCCCAUCGCGCCAAGAGUGGGCCAGGCGCCUCGUGCACUAACUCAUUUAAAGAUGCACCGAGUCCAGAGAGUUGAAAAUGUGGGGAAAUUUAGUCUUUAGGGGGCAGGAGGCUGGGGGUCUAGUCUGAGCUCUGCUUCUAAUGUGCUGUGUGACCCUGGGCAAGCCCCUGGCCCUCUCUGGUCUCCGUUUCCCCAUGCGUCAGAUGCUCGGCGGCCUUCUCCAAGCUCCCUUUGGGCCGUGACAGACGGUCCAGUGAGUCUGGGUUUGCCACUGUGUCUCGGUGCUGCCAGGUGCACUUGGGGCCCAGCUUCCUGUGUGGCCAGCGCCCCCUGUGUCCAGAGCCCAGUUCGAGUUCUUCCCUGGCCUGCCGCCUCCGUCCGUUUCUGGUCUGGGAGUCACAGCUGCCCUGUCGCCCCAGCCCUGGCCUCCUGAGAAGGAGGGAGUCCUUUUGCACCCGGGGUGUUUGUUCUGUGUAUCCUGCUGGGGGCCUGCUCUGUGGAGAGCAGACCCCGAGGGCUCGCUGGGGAGGACGGUCCUGGCCUGAGCCGGCCGAGUGGGGCAGGGCAGGGCCAGCGACAGGGCAGGGUCACCCUCUGCAUUGGUGUCCCUGUUCUGCCUCGGUUUCCCUCUCCAUCCUCUCCAGCUCUGUGUCCCGGCGGCUCUUGCUCUCGCUCCGUCUUUGGGGUGGCCCCUUCUCUGUCUCUGUGACUCCCUUCCCUGAGAAGGGCCCUCCCUGAGCCUGGUCCAGAGGCCCCGACCUGGGGCUGCUUGGUCCUCCUCACGGGGGCGGAGCUGCAGGCCCGGGUCUGCCCUGAUGCUGCCUCUUCUGUCUCCUGUCUGUCUGUCUGUCCCACCGUCCCUGUGUCCGUGUGCCUGGCUGCAGCGGCCGAGCUGUGGCUACGUGCUGUGCACGGUGCUGCUCUCCCUGGCCGUGCUGCUGGCCGUGACCGUCACCGGGGCCGUGCUCUUCCUGAAUCACACACACACGCCCGGCACGGCCCUCCCGCCCGUGGUCAGCACGGGGCCGGCGGGGGCCAACAGCGCCCUGGUCACCGUGGACAGAAGCGAGCAGGCCCACCUCCUCCAGCUUCUCUCCGAGAGCCAAGGCCACAUGGCUCACCUGGUGAACUUGGUCAGUGACGUCCUGGACGCCCUGCACAGGGAUCGGGGGCUGAGCCGGCCCCGAGUCAAGGCCGACCUUCAGAGGGCGCCUGCCCGGGGAGCGCGGCCCCGGGGCUGCGCCAACGGCUCUCGGCCCCGCGACUGCCUGGGAGUCCUCCUGAGCGGGCGAUGCACCUGCACAUGCUCCGGGGAGUCCGGGAGCCUGACCAUGGCCGUGACAACACCCCCACCUGCCCUUGACCGACCUGCCUCUGCCCAGAGCAGUUGGGGUAUUUCAGACUUUGGAGGUCGCUGGGGUGGUGCCCGCGGAGGCUUGGCGGUGCCCCGCGCUUGCACCCCUGCCUCGCUCCGCCUCCCGUACGGGCAUCUGAGAACCUCCCCAGCGAGGCUGGGGCGGCCGGGCAGGAGGGAGGAGGUGGCAGCAAAGGUGUGCGGCAGGUCUGCUGUUUCUCCCUGGUUCUCUCUGCGGGUCACCUCCCAAGCCCCCCUCCCCCGCACUCUGCAUUCUCUCCCCCACUCAGGGCUCAAGAGGCUCCAUGCGCUGACGGCCCAGGCGGCCUAUGAGCUGCACGUGGACCUGGAGGACUUCGACAACGGCACGGCCUACGCCCACUACCGCAGCUUCGGGGUGGGCCUGCUCUCCGUGGACCCCGAGGAGGACGGGUACCCCCUCACCGUGGCCGACUACUCGGGCACCGCAGGGGACUCCCUCCUGAGGCACAGCGGCCUGCCCUUCACCACCAAGGACCGCGACAGCGACCACUCGGACCACAACUGCGCCGCCUUCUACCGCGGCGCCUGGUGGUACCGCAACUGCCACACGUCCAACCUCAACGGGCAGUACCUGCGCGGCGCGCACGCCUCCCGCCGCCCCGCCCGCACCGCCCCCUCCGUCCUCCACCCGCCCCGUCCUGGGUCCUGCUCUGUAGUCGCCCGCCCGCCCCGGCUGAGCGCACUGCCUUGGGGAGGACCAGGCCACCCCCGACACACAGCCCCCUGGGAGUGAGACUGCACAUCACCUGCACCCCGUCCCUUCACCCCAAUUUGCCUCUGAUGCAGGGCGGGCAAACGGCCCACAGUUCCACCUGCCCAGACUCUGGCUGCUGGGCUGUCUGUCUUCUCUGGGCCUAGUCCGCACCCACUUACGGCAGCCCCUCCACUUAGCCAGUCCAAGCACCCAGCGUUUGGGGCACAGGGAGGAGGGGACGGCGCCCCCUGGAGCGCCCCCCACCCCCAGCAGCAGAGGAAUGCUCAGAUCUGACUGGGGUUCACAGCCAGCCUCCGGUGGUCCUCCCGACCUCUCCCUCAUUUCCAUGGUGCCUGGAGAUCCCCCCUCCCCCCCACAGGAGCCCUGGGGAGCAGCUGGUGCUGGGGGUGCCCAUGGCCACCUGCUGGCCGCCACCCACCGUGCCCCAGGCGAGGCUCUAGCUCAGCGCCUGCCAGAACUCAUGCCCCAAGAUGGCUGAGGCCGGUGCCCUGAAGUCCCCACCCAGCCACCCCCUGUCCCCGCAGGCCUGGGCGGUCCCCAGUGCCCUUGGCUGCUGUGCCCAGCCUCUUGCCCUUCUGGGAGCCCUGCCCCACUCCCUUCUGCUGGUGGGAGGAGGGGGCAGGUCCCAAACCACUGGUCUGGGCAUGGACGGGCAGGGGCUGUACCUCCCCGAACUUCCAGGGACUCCGGGAUCCUGACUCCCGAGGGCCUGGCCUGGGGGGUGGAGGCUGGACUUGGAGGAGUUUGGUGGCUGUUUGCCCUUCUGCCCAGAGACUGCCUCUGCGGGGGUGGCCGCCCCCUGCUGGUGACUGUUCACGCUGCCACCUCGGGUCAGCAAAGGUUUGUUGGAUGGACAUCUGCUGCGGCCAAGGCCCACCCUGGUGCUGGCCAAGACCAAGUCCCGCCUCUUGGCACUCAGCUCAAAGCAGAGACGGCCAAGAAACGGGCUUAUAGCCGGUGUGACCAAUGGCAGCAGCUCAGAGACAGGCAGGACCAGGGAUGGGGGAUUUGAGGACCACACUCUACCUGAAGCGAACCCUCUGCUGGCCCCCUUUCCCAUCCUCUGGAUAUAGAGAGCCAGCCCCCCACCACCAUAGGCUGCGGGACCUCCAGCCAAGGAGCAGAGGUGGGGGGACCCCGAGUGCUCGAGCUGGGAGCCCCUCCCCAGCAGCCCCAGGCUGAGCUGGUCCUCAUGCCAGCCUCGCAGAGCCAGCCGCUGUGUGGAAAGUGCCAGGUGCUUUCUGAUCCGUCAUCAAACAGACGCCUGGUGAGUGAUGUUCGGGAGGCUCGGGGCUCGCCAGGGCCUGGCAGAGGAACUGACGUGCCACAGCUCGGCCUGGCAGAGGGACGGGUGAGGGCGGCCAGCCUGGAGACACCCGCCCUCCCUGCUCAAGAGCACCAGCCCCACUCGCAGCCCAGGCCUGGCAUCACCAGGGAACGUGGCCUGGCCCAACGCUGGCUGAACGGGCAUGAAGCCCAUCGUGGUGGGGACAGCAGGCCAGCGCCCCCCUUCCCAGAGGGCACCCCUACAAGGCCGUGCUGAGCACAGGCGGGGCCCUGCGCACCCACUUGGCCGGGAGGCUGCCGUGAGCGAGGCAGGCCAGGGCCCAGGCCUGGAGGAGCCCACACUAUGGCGUCAGCGGGUGGCCACACAGGAGUGACCACAGGAAAACAGACGCUGGGAGAGCCAGUGGAGGGGGCAGCUCCACCAGGACCUGAGGGUGACAGACAGACAGACGUGUGCAGAUCACCCAGGACUGUGGUCGCCGCGUUAGAACCCCAGUUUGCUGGUGGGGAGCCUGUGGCCCUGCUGUCCCCUGUCACCUGCCCCGUGCUUCCUCCUUCGAUGAGAGGAGCCUGCAGGAAAGGGGUGUCCACACUGGGCUCUGGAGGCAGUGCACACCCCAUAUUCCGCAGGUUCCUCCGCGAGCACAGACAGCCUCUGGGGAAUCGCCAGUGGCCCCGGGCCUUGCCUUCCGAACUCCGGAUGCACCUGAGUUCAACCAGAGGCCACCAGCUGGGCUGAGCUCCGAGACCUGAGGAUGGACAGACCUGGGUUCCACCCUGACGACCACAGCGGUCAGCAGGCGACAAGGACAGCGCUGCGAGCAGUUCUCACGUUGCAUCUGCAGCCGCGUAUAAAUAGGUUUUACGUUUGUUUUGGGGAAGAGGUGGUAUCGCCAGUGUCCACCCUUCCUGCCCUCCACCCGCACUGCCUCCCUCAGCGCACAGGCCUCUGGCUGCCUGGCUGGGCCAGAGACCCGGGAGCUGGGAUUCGGAGGACUGGCGAGGGGUGUCCGCAGGAGCUGCCGGUUGCAUCCGCUGUGCCAGGGGGACGCGAGCGGGGCCCACGAGCUGUCCUGUGGAGUUUGAGGAGCAACGUGCUGGCAGGAGGACACGUCAGUGGACACACUGACCCCAGAACAAAGGACACUAGGUCCUGGUCCAAGUGGCCAAGGCGCCCGGGCCUCCGUUUCUUCAUCUGCUGCAGGGAGAGGGCUGUUCCCAAUCGCCAGGGGGCCAGGCAGCUGGCAGGACCCACAAACCUGGGGCUGAGCUCGGACUUGGUGGGACUUGGGGGUGGGCAGCGGGGGCCCUGGGCUGGCCCUGACCCUAAGGUGGCUGGGUGGGUGGGAGGGAGCCUGAGGGCCGGCAGAGCUGCCGACGGAUGAAGCCUCGUGUGCGGCCAGAUGAAGCCAGUCUGGGCCGAGCGCCCUUGGCGUUGUGUGUCCCCGUCUCCAAUAAAGUCUUGUGGUGACCUGG